AUGAAGUACGUUUCCUUGAUUCCACUAUCAGGUCUAAACGCCAGGUUACGUUCACUGGACAUUUUACUUAAUUUACCUUUUAGUGUGAUAUUACAUGGAGGUAAAUGUGUGUUACCACCUCAUCCCGAUAAUGGUGCUUACACAGUCAGUGGUAACGGCAGCGCUGUGCCAGGAGAGGUGUACCUCUAUGUGUAUCUAUACGUUACUUGCGAUCCCGGCUUCAUCCCCGAGAAGGAGUCUGUCUACUGCUUCGAAGGUUUUUGGUCAGAUCCGAUGCCUCAGUGCGUGCGUUUCUGCCACCUAAAGAAACACCCCAGCAUUCAAUACCAAUGCCUGACGCCUGGUACCGGGCAGGGUUCGAGAGUUUGUGGCUCUAUAGAACCCAAUGGAACGAUAGUGAAACCAGUAUGUAGGUCCCCCGACUAUUACUACCCGGGGAUUCUUGACUAUAUGACAUGCGAUGGUAUCAAAUGGAAUUACGUCGCUAAGUGUACACUAGUUACAGAAUGCGGCAAAAUCACCCCUCCCGAUUUACUACUCGUCGUCGGUGGGGACACAGCAUAUAAAGGGGAGCUGCCGUGGCACGUGGGGAUCUACAAGAAGACAAACAGUUACGAACAGAUCUGUGGAGGAUCGUUGGUCAGCACAACGACUGUCAUAUCUGCGGCGCACUGCUUCUGGAGUGAUAGGACCAAGCUGCUGCCGGCGUCACUCUUCGCGGUGGCGGCGGGCAAGAUAUACCGCCAGUGGAAUGACAGCCGCGACUCAGAUGCACAGAAGUCUGAUGUACUCGAUAUUAAGGUGUCACCGUACUUCCAAGGCGCAGGGACCAACUACCAGGAUGACAUUGCCAUCGUCGUCGUCGCCACUCCGUUUCAGUUCCGCGCGUCCGUUCGACCAGUUUGCGUCGACUUCGACGAGGUUUUCAACGCUGAGCAAUUGAAUGGUACUGCAUUAGGCAAGGUCGGCGGCUGGGGCCUCGUUGGAAAGAAUGGCCAGCCGUCUGAAGUGCUGAAGGCGGUAGAUCUUCCGUACGUCAGUGUGGACGAGUGUUUCCGAUUAACCCCGCGAAGUUUCGAGGAGUACAUCACCAGCGACAAGAUGUGCGCUGGCUACACCAACGGCACGGCGCUGUGCCAGGGCGACAGCGGCGGCGGGCUCGCGUUCCCCGCCACGCGGCGCGGCGUGCGGCGCUACUACCUGCGCGGCGUGGUCUCCACCGCGCCCAAGAACGCCGACCUCUGCUCCGUGAACUCGCUCACCGCCUUCACUGCGGUCAUCAAGCACGAGACCUUCGUCAGGAAGUACAUAAACGGUAACAUUGCCAAAUCUCCAACAAAAUUUAAAACAAAUUUCCUAGAAUUGACAAUAAGUAAUCAUGCUGUAGGAUUCCUUGUACCUUUGAGGCUACGUGAAUUCUCAAAAGCAGUAGCCACGCUACUUGCAAACGAAUGGAAAUGUUGGGAUGGCACAUGUAUAUCUAUGGCUCGCAAGUGCGACAGUAUCAUCGACUGCCAUGACGGUAGCGAUGAGACAGACCCCGAAUGCAGCGACGACCAAUCGAAACUUCAGAAAGGUUUUUGCAGUCUAAAGGAAGAUGAAAGUGUUGAAUACAAAUGCAAGAGUGGAACAGUGAAGUGUGGUCCUAAAGUAGCAUCAGGUACUAUUGUGACACCGGAGUGUAGGAGACCUAACUAUUAUUCCCCAAGCACCUUAAAAAACAUGCUUUGUGUUGAUGGUAGUUGGGACUACAUCGCCAAAUGCGCACCAGAAUGUGGGAAAAUUACUCCUCAAGGUGUGGCACUUGUGGCGGAUGGGAGAUAUGCAAAGAGAGGAGAGUUGCCAUGGCACGCCGCGAUUUACACGAAGACUACAAGACCGUACAUGCAGAUCUGCGGAGGAUCGCUAGUUUCUAAAAAUACUGUUAUUUCUGCGGCGCAUUGUUUCUGGAGCGGCACAGAAAUAUCGAGUCCUUCAGAUUACGCCGUAGCGGUUGGCAAGAUUUAUCGUCCGUGGGACAACGCCCUUGAUUUAGACGCGCAGAAGUCCGAUGUCACGGCAAUAAAGUUUCCUGAUCACUUCCUAGGAAUUGACACACAUUUUCAAUCAGAUAUCGCUGUCAUUACUGUCGCAACACCGUUUAUAUACAAACCGUUCGUGCGACCGAUCUGCCUUGACUUUGAAUACAAUUUCCACAAGAGCCAGUUAAAAGAAAAUAACUUGGGAAAGAUUUCCGGCUGGGGUGUCACUGACAAGAAUGGCAAGAUUUCAACCAUUCUAAAAGUGGUAGAAGUGCCGAUUGUUGAUACAAUAAGUUGCAUCGUCAAACUACCUCAAAGUUUCAGACAGUAUAUCACUAAUGAUAAGUUCUGCGCUGGAUACGAAAAUGGCACGGCUGUGUGUAGGGGCGACAGUGGUGCCGGGCUCGCCUUUCCCGCCUUAGAUCGCGGCGAGACGCGCUACUACCUGCGUGGCGUGCUCUCCGUCGCCCCUAGGGACGAGAACGACUGCAACGUGAACACAGUGGCCUUAUACACAGAUAUCAUUCUGCACGAAUUUUUUAUCAAGCCGAAUCUUAACUGAUUCUGUUUUUCAGAUCGUCUUCCGCGAUUUUAUAGUAAAAUUUAUUAUAAAACUAUUAUACGAGUAUAUAAUACCAUUAUAUAUACAUAUGUAAAUACAUAUAUCAUACAAAUAUGAUAUAGGCGAUCAUGGCGUGUUUAGUGACAAAUAGUGUAGUUUAAGGUAUUUUAUGAACUUUCUCGUAUUUGUAUGAUAUAUGUAUUUACAUAUGUAUGUAUUUUAUAUAUGUAAGUAUUAUGUAUGUUUAUUAUUAUAUAUU